AUGGCGUCUCAAGUUGUCCGUGACCUGAUUGACAGAGUUGCUGAGAGGCGAAAGGGGGAUGAUCUCUGGUACUGUGAGCUAAUCAUCGGUUUUGCAGCUUGCAACCAUGGCGAGCUGGCCGGCCUGGUCUAUCAGAAGGCCCUCCAGAAUGCGGUUGAUGAUGUAGAGAAGAAGGAGAUAUGGAGCCGCAUCCGCGAGGCUAUUCUCAAGGCCAUGGUAUAUCUUGGACAAGCUAGGCUGCUCGCAGCAGAGCUCGCGCUCUUCGAAGUCCUGAAGCUUGAGGAUGUCGACCAGGAGACACCACAACGAGACUGGAAGGACGACGAGCACGGCAAAAUGAAAGCCGUGGAUUGGCUCACCACGCUCUCCGGCACCGAGUUCGCUGAUCGCUUUGUCACCUUGGCAGAUGAACGGUGCCCAGAUCUCUCCCAUUAUCUGAUUACGCUAUCUAACGGCCACGUCAUGACCGACGAACGCGUGCUUGACAUGGUGGAGACGGAGCGACUUAUACUUCUGGCGCUCAUGGCCCAGAACGUGGGUUGGUGGGCUCAAUCGCACUAUCGCGCGCUCAUUAGGGUGGGAGGAACAAAGGAGAUGGCACAUGCCGCCAAUGAGUUGGCCUUGGAGAUCACUAAGACCUUUGGGAUCAAGAUUGACGGUGCUUCAAACGUCGAUGAGCUGUGUGACUCGGCCAUCUGA